UAUUUAUAUUCAGUUCUUCGUUAACCGUUCUUAUCAAUAGGUAGUGAUCCAGUUAAACUAUACAAUUUGUUAAUUUUAUAACGCAGUUUUACUUUAAGGCUUUCAUCCAUUGACGGAUGGUAAACGGAUUGAAAUACAUUUGAAAUCCAUUGAAAUCAACGUAACAUCAAAGCCGACAAUAAACGAUCAUGGCGAACAUAACUGACAGCCACUUCAUUGUGGAAGCCAAAAAUCAGUUUUUCAACUUAUUGGAAAAAGAAUUAGUAUUCGACACCGAAGUCGAUUCGUGGUUUUUAAUGAAAUCGCCGUUGCCAGUGUUUUCCAUUGUAGCAGUCUAUUUAUUGUUCAUUUUAAAAAUCGGUCCAGAUAUGAUGAAGAACCGUGAACCGUUCCGACUCAAACACAUAAUGUUAGUUUACAAUCUUUUUCAAACAACUUAUAAUGCAUUUAUACUGUAUUGGAUAUUUUUUACACCUGGAGGAUUGUCAAGCUUGUGGAAUCAUUCGUGUCAUCCAAUCGAAAGAAGCAAAAAUACAUUCUUAUUAUAUGAGUUGAAUAAAGGUUCGUGGUACUUUUUCAUCUCUAAAGUCAUCGAUUUGUUGGAUACGAUAUUUUUCGUUUUAAGAAAAAAACAGUCCCAAGUUACAUUUUUACAUGUAUACCAUCAUUCAAACAUGGUCAUCACAUGUUGGGCAUAUUUGAGGUUUAUUAAAGGCGAACAAGCAACAUUACCCGGAGGAAUCAAUUCGUUUAUCCACACUAUCAUGUACUUUUAUUAUUUCCUCGCUGCCUUAGGCCCACAAAUGCAACCGUAUUUAUGGUGGAAGAGAUAUUUGACUAGAAUGCAAAUUAUUCAAUUUGUAGUUGUUUUACUCUGGUAUAUAGGACUAGUCUGUUUUAAUUGCGAAUAUCCGAAAAUUUACAUUUAUUACAUGUUUGCAAAUGUAACUCUCUUCCUAUACUUAUUCUCGUUGUUUUACAAAAAAACGUACACCAAAAGCCCGAAAACUGUGAAAUCGAAUUAAAUAUUAAAAAAAAAUACAUAAUUAUUGCAAUAGACGGCCAGUAUGGAUCUAUAAUAUCUAUGCACGAGAGAGUGAUAUGUGUAGUUUUCUAUUUUUACAAAACAUUACAUGUAAAUAUGUUUAGUGUUUGAAAUUUAGUUGCUGUAAAUAAGUAUUAUUUAUUAAUUUAUGACGUAUAUCAAAAAUAAGAUGUAUACUACAUCAAUAAGUGUAAAAGAGUAAAUUAUUAAAUUAUUUUAAAUACAUUAUUACCUAUACUGUUUUUUUUUUAUGAUUUUAGUCUUCAAGGUUAUAAUUAAUAAUAUAAUUUAUUUAUUUUCAAUAUUGUUCAAUGUUUACAUGAAAUAACUAAUAUAAUGCGUAAUACGUGUCAAGUUUAAGACAUGCUAUUUUGCAAUGAACUAAUGAACACUUGUUUAAAUUAUUUAAUUUUAAUAUAAAAGUUAUGUGACUUAGAAAAUUAUACCUAUAAAUAUAUAAUAUUGAUAAACGUUUCAUAUGUAAAUAAUUGAUUUGUAAUCACGGGUGAGUGACAAUCGAGUUGUCCUGGUUCUUCAAAACAGAAAAUAUAUAUUGUAACAUUCGUUAUAUACGCUACAUAUUAUAUAAUAAACACACACUUUAGGAUAAACUAAUACAAAAUAAACACACUUAACACUUUUCGA